GUUAUAAAAGCGCCCUGAAACAUUGUGAUUUCAUUCCACUGCUGACCAAAGAUGGAUCUGCAAAUCUCGAUUGUGCUUCUCUCAAUUUUACUCACUGGAGGACACUCUCUCAAAUGUUAUAAGUGCGAAUCUGAUCCAACUACUGGUAUUUGUAACAGAACUAUAGUAACAUGUCCCAGUGGAAAUUACAAAUGUUUGAGUUCAUCAAUAGAAAUGUCCAAUGGUAACUCCAAGGUGACUUUAACACAACAAUCAUGUGCAGACAAAUGUGUUGCUGGAACCGAUCAAUCCACAGCUGGAUUAACACUUGUUACCAAGUGCUGUGCCACUGAUCUUUGCAAUGGCUCAGAUGGAAUCUAUAAGGGAAGUUUCCAGCUUCUCUUGUUGCCUCUGUUCUUCUACAUCUUCUUUAAUUGAGUUCAACAGCACUUCACAUUCUGCCGCUGCAGCGAAGAGGAUUUAACAUGUUAACACAUUUCUGAAUGAAUUACUUUUCUUUACUAAAUAGCUUGUGUGUUGUUUAUCUUUACUAUUUCUGUAUGUUAGAAACUUAAUAAUGUGUUUCUUAUUUCAAUCAUGGAAAACAAAUGCAUCAAUUAUUAUGACCAGUGAAAUAUAUGGAGAAAUAUUUUUUUUUAUACAUAUAUAUAUAUAUUGAUCUAUUUUUACAUUUACUAAGAUUGACAUAAUCUGUAUUUCCUUUAAAAGUUGAGUUAAAAAAGAUUCAGUUUUCCUAUACACUUAAUAAAGACAGUACUAAACUGCUGAAGUUAAAGAUUUACAUGCACAUGUCAUUUCCUGUAAUUACUAUUAAAGUGACUUCUGAAGAA